AUGACAGCAAUGACGACGGCGAUCAAAGGAAUUUCCAACCUCAGCGACAUGAUGGAGACAAGCUGGCAACAGAACAACAGGCUGCAGAGACCGAUUCACAACAGGCUGCAGAGACCGAUUCACAACAGGCUGCAGAGACCGAUUCACAACAGGCUGCAGAGACCGAUUCACAACAGGCUGCAGAGACCGAUUCACAACCGGCUGCAGGGAAAGACUGUGAGGGACACUCUGGGUGUUCGUUCACAAGUUCAACAGGUUGCUGCAACAGGUUUCAGGCACAGACAACAGAAGAUAUUACUGCAGUAUGCAUCGUCGACAGACUUGAUUCAGUCUACGGAGAAAGUUCAUCAGUUCGUCAAUGUUGUUCGUCAUUCCAUCCCUCAGGCCGGUAGAAGGACCCCCACAUUCAACUGGAAUGAAGAUUAA